CAAACAGCGAGAUCAGUGAGUGUUUACAUGUAGCCGAGUUAGCUUUAGCUUCUGCUGAGCGGUAAGAUGAGCUAAAUUAAACUGUAAGGUCUGUGUUGGUGCACAGAAGUCAAAGGUCAACGGGUACCAGCCUUCAUCAUGGUCAAACAGCAGCGGAGGGCUGACAGGUGUGUCCUACCUGCAGCAGGUCACAGUGUGGCGCAGGUUCGAUUCCCAGUUGUCCCCGUACAGAGGAGACAGCCCUCACCUCACCAGGUGGCGGGCAGGAAGUGGUCGGGCUCAGUGACAGGAACUGACGGUCGGCAGUUCUGCAGCUCCAGCACCACAGAAGAAGAGAGAGGAGAUGCGCAUGGAGACCCAGGACCUGACGGAGGUUCAGGAGAGACGAAGAGGGCGAGACUGGACGGAGCUGAGGCGUCAGCUGCUCCGGUCCCAGGGUCAUGUGAUCAACCAGGAAGUGAGAGCUGCUCCACAGCAGACGGCGUUGCUCCUCCCCCCGACCAGCAGGAGUCAGCAGAGCACAGCGAGGACAGCAGAGCAGCCGAGCUGCAGAGUGUGGGGUCACUAAAGGUCACCAUCCAGCAGCGCAGUGAGAGCAGGGAAUUUGGACAGACGGACAGACAGACAGGUGGACUCCACUGUCACGUCUGUAACCUCACCUGCCGUUCUCUGCAGGUGUUUCAUGAACACAUGUCAGGAGCAGAGCACAUGAAGAAACUGCAAGAGAUCACACACUCCAUCUGCCUCAAUACACACACAUUCCAGGACAGGGGGCGUCGGCCUGACGCUCAGCGCUGGUGCGACACCUGUCAGACUCACUUCAGUGGUGAUGUCAUCAUCCACCGACGGAUGAAACAACACAAGAUGUGUAAACAGCUGUGUCGGCCCUUCUGCCCGGUGUGUAAACGUCACUUCAGGACUCCCAGGAAGUUUGUGGAGCACAUGAAGUCUCCAGAACACAAACAGCAGGUGCACCUGCAGGAGGCUCAGGAGGAGGAGCUGAUCACUGUGGACGCUGUCGGCUGCUUCGAGGAGGAGGAGGAGGAGGAGGAAGUAGAAGUAGCUGAUGAUGAGGAGGAAUGGGACGAUGAAGGGAAAGAGGGAACAGAGGAGAAAGUGUUGGAGGAAGUCGUUUUGUGGUUCCUGUGUCUGGGUUCCUGUGUCAACUCUGUAACAAGUUCUUCCACAGAGAGACCACAGCUCGACACACACACUGCAGGACACGCACACACUACCUCAACCUGCAGAGGAGAAACGCUGACUGUGAUGGAGGGACGAAGACAGAUGACACACCUGCUCCGACUUGACCUGCUCACACUAUCCCAGGAUGCAUCUGUGUAUCCAGGUGAUGGACUGAUGAUGAUGUCAUCCUGCUGUCUGAUCUACAUGAGGCACCAAACAUAUUUUUUUGUUCUCGAACAUGAACAUGACUGAUCAACAGCUGGAAAUGUAUUUAACUA